AAUUUAUUUUACUAUCAAUGCUUAUCCAUUCGGUCGAAUUAUUCCAACAAAUGAAUCUAUGACAGUUCGAGCCGGUACGAAACCUCCGACACGCGCCACGUCUUCGGAGCUAUGCCAACUACGCCACUCUUCCUCCACGUGUCCCCUUAGGUGGCAUAAGAACACGAGCAACUCUAUCCUCACCCCCAUGCUUUGCUCCUCCAUUUAUACCUCUCUGCCUCGAUUCCAAUCUCUUUCAUCGGAAUCUCUUUCCUCGCAAUGAACGUUGAGGUGGCACCUGUGCACGGGCAUGCGCGCGAACUGGAGCCGGAACGACGUGGUCUGCAUGCAGCCAUGGAAGGCGAAGAGGAGCACCACGGGAAGAAGCCGGUGUUUGAGAAGGUAAAGGAAAAGGUGAAGAAGAUCAAGGACACCAUCAGCAAAAAGAAGCAUGGCCAUGGCGACGACAACCAUGACGACCACCGCGACGUGAGCGAAGAAGAGGAAGGCUACGAAGAGGAUGACGAGGAAAGACUCGACCACCCUGCGGUCCACGGCGCCACUGGCCAUGCCGGUGGCGAGAAGGCGGCUCUGAAAGACUACGUCAGGAGCUUGGAAGAGGAUCCUGCUGCUCCGAUGUCGGACACUUCCGCCCAAAGAGGUGGGGAGGACAUAGGGACGUCGCCCGUGAUCCAGGCCUUCGAGGCCAUGACCGUGACCGACCAGCCGCCGGUGAAGAACGAAGUAUGUGGAGUCCACAAUAUAUCGGAAGAAGAGAAGCCGCCGAGCGGCACCGAUAACAUCACAACAACUGCGAAGGCCCCAUGCGACGCGGUGGCUGAGGCGGGGGCGUGUGUGAUUGAGAAGGUGCAGCAGGGGGACAGCGCAACAGAGGGUGGCAGUGUCCGUGUUGGCUCCGGAGUCCGAGUGAAGCUGGCGGAGAAGCUGAAACCUGGAGAGGAGGACAAGGCACUGUGCGAGGUGAUAUCGGAUGCGAUACGGAAGAGGAUAGAGGGGGCAGAGGAGGCGGCGGCGGCGGUGACGGAUUCCAACGCGAAGAGUGGAAAGUUGGGUAUGAUGGGGCGGCUCAGAGGUGCCGUCACAUCUUGGGUUGGCGGACGACGGGAGUCUCAUGCCUCGCCGUCGAUCGAGCACCAGAGAAAAGAGACGGAAGUUGAUCGACCGCAGGAGGAGAUCCAUGAGCAGGAGUUGGAGGAGACGGAGUAGAGGCUGUCGGCGUGCUAAUGUUUCAUACUUUCUCAUUUACUACGAUGGGGCGUGGGAGGUGUUCGUCGCGCUCUCUCUCUCUCUGUUUGUGGUAAUACGUGUGGCUUGUGUUUUUUGCGUCGUCGUUCUGCUCUGUUGCUGCACCGGUUGCAGACUUCGUUGUGUAAUAGUAGGCCAAAUUGGGCACAUAACAUGAGAAGCAAACCAGAUGGGUCAUUACAGAGUCGAAAAUUCUUGAGAA